UGUGAUCGAAGCUUCAUCAGAAGCAGCAGCUGAUCCGAACUGUCUCCGAUUAGCAGCUGAUCCGAACUGUCUCCGAUCAGCAGCUGAUCCGAACCGUCUCCGAUCAGCAGCUGAUCCGAACCGUCUCCGAUCAGCAGCUGAUCCGAACCGUCUCCGAUCAGCAGCUGAUCCGAACCGUCUCCGAUCAGCAGCUGAUCCGAACCGUCUCCGAUCAGCAGCUGAUCCGAACCGUCUCCGAUCAGCAGCUGAUCCGAACCGUCUCCGAUCAGUAGCUGAUCCGAACCGUCUCCGAUCAGCAGCUGAUCCGAACCGUCUCCGAUCAGCAGCUGAUCCGAACCGUCUCCGAGUAGCAGCUGAUCCGAACUGUCUCCGAGCAGCAGCUGAUCCGAACUGUCUCCGGAUCUCCACCGUUACCGCGGCCCCGGGGCAUGCUGGGAUUUACCUGGACCUCCAACUGAGUGGACAUAUUUUCCGGAUGAAUGAACCCGUUUGUCCGACCACCGGUUGAUUGUGGAUCCAGUUCGCGGCUGUUUGUCCCGCUCUAUCAACCCGGGUUAACCCAUCCGGGUCACAUGCUGUUAAAGUCCUGAGUCUGGCGGAGGACAUGCGUCUGUCCGGCCGCUGCAGCCGGGACAGAGAGGCGGUGUCCGGCCUCAGGGAGCUGGAGGCUCUGCGGCAGCGGCAGGAGGAGCUGGUCCGGAGUGCGCUGGAGGAGGAGGAGGAGGAGGAGGAAGAUAUCCGGCUGCUCAGGAAACGGCUGAACUGUCUGAGGAGGACGGACGCCGGCCUCAUCCAUCAGUUACAGGAGCUGGACCGACAGAUCAUCGACCUGCGACUGGACCCGGACUCGUCACUUGACAAGCUGGAGAGCGACAGCCGGCCCAGCUCAGGCUUCUUUGAGCUGAGUGAGGCGGCUUCGCUCUCUAACUCGUCGGACUCGGUCUCCAGCGAGUGCUUGUGCUCGGCGGCGGACGCUGACGGACGCCUUCCGUCGACAGAUGAGCGGAGCAGCUGUUUGGACUGGGACGUUCUGGUUGGAGGACUUUGUGAUGACUUGUCUGGAACAGUUCGUCGCUCACUCUCUGCCCCUCACCCACCCACCCUGGAUUCUGUCUCCUGUGAUUCCCAGUCGAAGAAUCACUGCGACCUGGUGGUCCAAAAUGGCAGCGAUGUGUACCGUUACCCAAGCCCGCUCCACGCCGUGGCAGUCCAGAGCCCCAACUUCCUUCAGAUGUUGGGUCAUUGCGCUCACAGCAGAAACGAUGGACUCCUGAAAACCAUUGAAGCUGGUAUUGAAGUUAUCAAACCAGAAUCUUUGUCUCUUCCAGGUUCUGUUCCAGCUCCUCUUGUACCUCAGAGCUCAUCCUGGCCGAUCCCCUCCUCAUCCCACACUCAGUCUCAGAAGCGUCUGGACAGCUACAUAUACAGUCUGCUACAGCGGAGAGCACUGCCAGUCAGGACCAGCAGACCCAGGACCAGCAUCAGCACUGAACCGUCAAAGAGCAUCCAGAGGCAGGCGAGUCUAUGUGUGAGGCCGGUGUGUGGUUCUGGUUUAAAGACUUUGAAGGGGUAUGAACUGAAACCCACCAGCAGAGCAGCAGCAAGAGCAGCAGAAUUUGCUCCCUUGUCACCUCCGAGAUAUUGGUCUGUGGAGAUUAAAGCCGAGGAGUUGGAGACUCAAAAUGUCGUCAAUGGUGGCAGCGGUGACACAAAGCAAGAUGGCUUCAAGAUGAACAGCAGUGACUUGGCAAAAAACCAGAGCAGCUCUCUAAUGGACAGUGCUGAGAAUGAUGGUUUCUUCACCAAAAAGGACAUGAACACAAGUCUGCUGACAAAAAAGAGCAAAGGGCUGCUGCCUCCGUCAGCAGUGUCCAUCACCGCUCUGCCUAAAGACGUCACGGAGCCGGGCACUCCCAAAGCUGACUCCACCCCCAAGCAGCCAUGUUACCCCCCUGACCCGGCACUGCUCCUCAGAUCUCCACAAACUGUCAAAACACAACCAGCAUCUCCUACAAACAGCCCCAAGCCUCUGCAAGCCGACCAGACGGAGAAAGGGGAUAGGUCAGUGCUGGAGCUUACAGUUCUAGGGUCCUACUCCCAGACUCAGGACAAAGCAAGAGGUGGAGGAGGAAGAAGCAGUCACAUGGUUAACACUAAGAACAUCCCUGCCCAGUGGCAGAACAUCGAAAUCUGCAAAGGUUGCAGAAAGAAAACCAAGACUUUCAAGGUGAAGAUCACCACGACGAUGAAGAUGAGUCGGACCUCUGAACACAAUGUGCCUUCAGAGAGAGAAGAGGAAAAAUCUCACCGCAGGUCCAGUUCUAAAGAGUCUCAGCUUCUGGAGGAUGGAGGUUCUAGCAACAUUAAAGUCUCCAGGAGAGCACCUGGCCGUGCUUCCUCGUCCAUAAUGGAACGCCUCCCUGUGUCCAUCCCAGAAGGCCGAGUCCUGGAUAAACACUCCACACUCGCACUUAGCAGUGUGCACUCAGGCACAUCCACGCACUGUUACCAUGGAAACCUCCACCAUCACAGUCACCAUCAUCACCGUCACCACAGGCGUGACCGGGUCAUGGUUGUUGCUAAACCAAAACACAAACGUCACGAUUACCGGCGGCUACGUGUGACCAGGGAUGUCGCACACGAUGAGGCGUUCAGACGUACUCAGCGGCGGAAGAGAAGAGAGCGUCUCAGUAUUGCUGCAGCCAACAUGUCCCGCCCCUCCAGUGGGCAGCUGAGGAGCCCGUACUCUUACAUCGGAGGAAGUGACUCGGAGUAUUCAGCCGAGUGUGCGUCGCUCUUUCACUCCACCAUCAUGGACACCACUGAGGACGAGAAAUCCAACUACACCACCAACCGCUUUGGAGACAGUGAGUCCAGUGAGGAGGAGUACGUGGAGGAGAGCACCACCAGCAGUGAUACUGUGGAGAGUGGAGCUGGUGGUGGGACAGGUGGAAUGGGCAAAGGCUUGAACCAGUUGGGGCCACCAGGGGCCAGGGUGAUGGGGCAAGACAUGACACCAGCUCAGGUGAAGGCCUUCGUCAAGAUUAAGGCCUCUCACAACCUGAAGAAGAAGAUCCUGAGGUUCAGGUCAGGUUCACUCAAACUCAUGACCACUGUGUGAGUCAGCUGGAGGCAGGAAACCACCGUCCUACCUGCUGGAAUGUCUUACCCACGCACUUCUUAUGUACCAGAACUACAUAUAAUGUAAAACAUGUGUGACAUUCAAACCAACUCCAUUCCUCCGAAGCCUGAGAGACUAAUCCAAACCAGCCAAUUCUUGUAAAAGCAUGUGUGGCAUUUUCCAGGAAAACUGUUGAGUUCAUCUGAUCGACUCAGUGUUGAGGUAAUCACGACUUCAGGAGCUGCCGUUUUCUGAUGACUGUGGAGAUGCUCAUCUUUCCUUUUGUGUUCUUCAGUGUGACCUUUAAAUUCAGAAAAAGAACAAGAGGGAAUAUUCUGGCGUACAUUGUCGUCAGUAACCUUUCAGUGAUUGGCUAACAUAUCAGCUUCCUGUGUCUAAAUUUACCUUCACAUGUCCGACUGUUCAUCUAAAUGACUCCAUAUGUCUUCAGGUUUAUGGUAACACCAAGUUUAUUUUUGGAAUACUACAGAUUGUAAAGGGUGGGUUUGAAUCCAGCCAAUCAAAUUGGCCUCCUUCCUGUUCCUGUUGCUCCUGGUUCAACAAGUGCCUCAAUGGAAGUGAACCUGGCUGUGAGACCUGCUUGAAACAAACAUGUCGUCCUAUCAGGUCUGUGUGUUUCUCCACUGACAGUGAAAAGAAAUCCCUGCUCUGGCUUUUCACCUUCAGCUCUUUUUAUCCUGGUUUUGAUUGUUUGAUUGAUGUGUACAUGUAAUAAGUUAUGAGACAUGUGGUUACUCGUGUCACUGUUACCAUGAUCAUCACAAUAUUCAGGUUUCGGAUCAUCCGUUUAUCUCGAUUCUUGGCCUCUAAGUUUGUAUAUUCAGAAUAUAUAAAUAUCACUAUAACCUAGUUUCUGUUGAAGUUCCCCAAAUACAUCCAGGUUUCACACCAUCACUGUAUGAAGUCAGAAAGAGGUUUCAGACACAGUCAAUGAUCUGAACGGCUCUUUGUUUGAAGCAGGGUUUCCGUCCGGUCGUCGGAGUUCUUUGGAAACUUCCUCAGAUGUUAAUGUCUCCAGAAGGUUCCUCAGAAGUUGGCCUGUGAUGUCAUUAUUUCCUGGAUGGGUCGGACUAUGUCACCUUGUUAAUCUGUUGUUUGUAUGUAGCUUAGUUUUUGUCUUUAACUACUGGACUGUUUCAACAUCACACAACAUGUGCAAGGUCCCUAAUGCCAAAGGUCUGGAUUUAGUGUGCUCCACUGGCACAACCCACUCUCAGCUACAGUUCCUUGACCUGGUGGUCUCAGAUCAUCACGUCUGGCCUCAGAUCCCCCCAGCACCAUGGUUGAUGGCCUGGUCAUCCACUACAACACUGCUCUAUGCCUCAGUCUCGACUCUCUCGCCCCCCUCAAAUCCCGAACGGUCUCCUACACUUGCCCAGCCCCCCGGUUCACAGCCGAACUUUGCGCCAUGAAGGCCUCUGGCCGUCAAGUGGAGCAGCUCUAUAAAAGAUCUGGCCUCACUGUCCACCUGGAGGCCUACAGAGACCAUGUGCGCUCAUACAAGGAAGUUCUUUUACACACGAGACACAGUAUUACUCUUCACUCAUCGACAACCAGAAAAACCACCCCAGAAAGCUUUUCACUACCAUUGACCGCUUACUCCGUCCCCUUGACCCCCCCACCGCAAGGCUCAGUGCUGGGCCCAUUUCUUUUUACCAUCCACAUGCUCCCCCUUGGUCGUAUCAUCUGUCAACAUGGCCUUAAUUACCUCUCUUACGCCGACGACACCCAGCUCUACUUAAGCACUCAUCCAUUCACUCAGCCCCCCAGUCACUAGUCAAUUGCCUGCACGACAUUAAAAUAUAUCCAACCUCCUUAAACAGUAAUAAGACAGAGCUCAUGGUUGUGGCCCCCAAGGCUCUGCUCUGGAAGGUUGGAGAUCUCCUCCUAAACAUCGAUGGCUGCUCCAUCGCCCCAUCCCCCGAGGUCCGCAACCUGGGCGUCAUUCUUGACUCCACCCUCUCCUUCAAAUCCCACAUCAAAUCCAAAUCCGCCUUCUUUCACCUCAAAAAUAACUGCAAUGGAGUCCUGUUUGGUGUACCUGAAAACCUCCUGAAACGACCCCAAUACGUACAGAACUCUGCUGCCCGGGUUCUCACCUGCACUCACACCCUCAUUCCCCUCCACUGGCUCCUGCUAAAGGCCUGCAUCAACUACAAACUCCUCCUGCUCACCUACAAAUCCCUCCACGCUCUAGCCCCACCAUAUUUAACCGACCUCCUCCAACCCUACACUGCACUCAGAAGGCUACGGUCCUCAAACUCAGGUUUGCUCUCCAUCCCCAAAACCAAAUUACGAACAGAGCCUUGUGUGUUGCAGCCCCCACCCUCUGUUAAUGCUCCACCUUGCUGCUAAAUUUGAUCCUGUUCUGUACUUGUAUUAUUACUUUUUUCUUUUCUCUACUGUUUUGUCCUCACAAACAUAUGUAAAGCGUCCUUGGGUCCCGUGAAAGGCGCGAUAUAAAUAUAAGCCAUUAUUAUUUAUAAUCACACAAAAUUAGCUCUUUGCUAUCAGUCUCUUUUUUUGAUGAAAGCUGAUAUAUUUGCUUGAACAUAUUUGUAUAUCACACAUGGAACGUGUGUUUUAUAUUAAGUCUGAUGUCUCUUGUUACUUCCACCACUGUUGCUAUUACGAUUUACGUCCAGAUGAACGUGUGUCCUCUGACUGAUGGUGUGUUCAUGAAAACUCUGUAUAUUGGGCCACUCUCCUGGGAGUCGUUUCCAUGUAGUCAACACUCAGAGGACAAAUCUGUUCAGUCUGAGGAAGACACACACACACACAAAGAAACACAUACAAAGACACAUAUAAUGUCUCUGCUUAAGAGAGAGAGAGAGAGAGAGAGAGAGAGAGAGAGAGAGAGAGAGAGAGAGAGAGAGAGAGAGAGAGAGAGAGAGAGAGAGAGAGAGAGAGAGACAGAGACAGAGAGAGAGAGAGAGAGAGAGAGCACUUGAUCUCACAGUGGAUCAGAUCUCCUGUUUGAACGAGUCUGAACAGUUCACUGUGGUUCAGGGAACGAUGAUUCCUCUGAGCCUGAAACGGUCCGGUUCCAACUUUUGUGGUGGAAAUUUACGAGAAGUGAAAUAAUAAGAUGUUGUACCUUGUUAACUCCCAUUAAACAUAUCGUAAUUUGUAAAUAUGAAAAUAAAAUUUGAUUGAUUGA